AGUUAUUUGCAAGAGCAGAUGCUCUUUUUGGUUACGGUUUGCUUCGCUGCCAGAUGACUUCGCCUAAUGACACUUUUUAUGUGGAGGAACUCUACUUCAACAAGGUGCUUCAGCUGCAAUACAACAGCACUGCGGAAAAGUUUAUCGGCUACACAGAAAGGGCAAGAGAGGUUGCUGAGAGCCUCAACAAAAGCCCUUCUUUUCUAAAAGAAGAAAAAAAGAAUGAAGAGAAAUGCAAAGACCACACAUCAUUUGCAUUUGAUAUCCUUUCAAAACCAGGGAUAUUUUCCAAAACGGAGGCCUCUGCCAGAGUGAGGUCAGUUGAGGCAGCAGGUAGCCAACAUCCCAACAUGCUGGUCUGCAGUGUGUACGACUUUUAUCCGAAACAAAUCAGAGUGACGUGGCUAAGGAACGGAAAGGAGGUGACAACUGACGUGACGUCCACUGAGGAACUACCCAAUGGCAACUGGCUUUACCAAAUCCACUCCUACCUGGAGUUUACACCCGAACCUGGAGAGAAAAUCACCUGUAAGGUGGAACACGCCAGCCUUAAGGAGCCGGGGCUUUAUGACUGGGACCCAGCACCUGAGCUACAGAACAACAAGAUGGCCAUGGGGACAGCAGGGCUACUGCUGGGUCUGGUGUUUUUGGUUGCUGGGCUGAUUUACUACAAGUACAAGAAGAACACUGCUGUUCCUCAUGAAGUUCUCUAUGUUGGGGGCUGCUUUGAGAAUGGCACAACUGAAGUUCAUUUUGAGUUGGAUGCUGAAGAGAUUUUAUACGUGGAUUUUGACAGAGAGGAGAUUGUGUACACUGUGCCCAGAUUUAUUGUGGAUGACCCAAGUGAAAUAUUUGACACAGCGCAUAUAUUAAAGAAUGUCAAGAAAGGCAGGACCGUAUGUAAAGCAGCUGUGGAAUACUUCAAACUGGAAGAAAGAGGUCCCCCAGAAGAAACAGAUCCCCCUGAGAACGUCCUCUACCCUGCAGACGAUGUCCAGCUGGGCGUUGAGAACAGCCUCGUCUGCUUCGUGAAUCAUUUCUAUCCACCUCACAUCAAAGUCACCUGGACCAGAAAUGGUCAACAGGUGUUGGAGGGGGUGUCACUCAGUCGAUAUUAUCCCAACAAUGAUCAAACCUUCCACCAGUUCUCCACCCUGACAUUCACGCCGAGGGAGGGGGACAUAUACAGCUGCACUGUGGAGCACUUAGCCCUGGACAGGCCUAAAACAAAGAUCUGGGAACCGACAUCGAACCGUCCUCACAGUGUUGGACUAGACGUGUACUGUGGAGUGGGCCUGACUUGCAAGAGAAAUUCUCCUACAAUUAUGUUUUGUCUUUUCUCAUUUGCCACCAUGUGUAAUGGCAGCUUCUAUCCACUGCUGCUUCUGCUCCUGUUAUUUUUAAGAGCAGAUGCUCUUUUUUUGCACGCUUUGCUCCGCUGCCAGUUUACUUCGCCAAAUGACACUUUUUAUGUGGAGCAACUGUACUUCAAUAAGCUGCUUCUGAUGCAAUACAACAGCACUUUGGGAAAAUAUAUCGGCUACACAGAAAAUACCAAAAAUAUUGCAGAUAGCCUCAACAAAAGCCCUUUUCGCCCAAAGGAAGAAAAGAAGAAUGAAGAGAGAUGCAAAGCCCACGCAUUGUUGGCAUUUGAUCUCCAAUCAAAAGCAGGUGAUUAUGUAGUGAGGUCAGUUGAGGCAGCAGGUAGCCAACAUCCCAACAUGCUGGUCUGCAGUGUGUACAAGUUUUAUCCGAAACAAAUCAGAGUGACGUGGCUAAGGAACGGAAAGGAGGUGAUAUCUGACGUGACGUCCACUGAGGAACUACCCAAUGGCAACUGGCUUUACCAAAUCCACUCCUACCUGGAGUUUACACCCGAACCUGGAGAGAAAAUCACCUGUAAGGUGGAACACGCCAGCCUUAAGGAGCCGGGGCUUUAUGACUGGGACCCAGCACCUGAGCUACAGAACAACAAGAUGGCCAUUGGGACAGCAGGGCUACUGCUGGGUCUGGUGUUUUUGGUUGCUGGGCUGAUUUACUACAAGUACAAGAAGAACACUGCUGGCCAUGAGUUGGUGCCAACAGGUUAAGGCUGCCUGCCACUUUCACUGAAACAUUUGUCAUACAAGCCAAGAUGUAAAAUGAUCCGACUCUGGAAACGUCUCAACAGAAUGGCAGAUGAU